ACGUUUAGUUGCAGAAAAAAUCGCGGCAACAACAGAGAAAAAAGUAAAAAGAAAGCUGUCAUUUGUACCAAAACAGAAAUAAUAAACGACACAGCUACAGCUUUUUUUGGCUAUGGAAACGGAGAGUCUGCUGCAGGAAAAUGAUACUUCAAAGCAUGGAGUCAAGAAAUUCAAAUUACAGAAUAAACACAAAAAUGAUGAUGAUGCUGAUCAUGAAAAAUUAAAUGGGAAAGCUGAAACCUCGGGGAAUAGUUUAAGUAAUAACAAUGGAACAGAUCAUUCAUUGUGUCAAAAUAGGUCAGUAUUGUCCCAGAUAUUGAACUCGAAGGAAGGAGCUGUACCUCAGGCUGAAAAAAGUAUCAAAACAAUGCUUCCACAAAAUUUGAUAUCACCUAAUGUUAGUCAAAUGAACCAAUCAAUGCAGAUGUCAACAAUGCCUCCUGUGUUAGCCUCUCAAAUGAUUAAUUUAAGCCAAAUAACUAAUGAAGCUUACCAAUCACCAAUGAUGAUGUCAAAUGGAUCACCUAUGAUUCCAGUGCAUCCAAUAUUGCAACAGAUUCAGACCCUAAAUGGAUUGUAUCCAACUAACGGUUUAGUUGUACAGCAGACACCAAAACCACCUACAGUCGAUCUAACUGAACAGGAAGAAAUUGGAAAAAUGAAGGAUGAUGGGCUUGAAGAAAGUGUCAGUACUGAAGUAUUUUCAAAAUAUGUCCACAGAGAGAUUGUACCAGGGUGUAUGCCCCACCCAGGGGAUAUUGUAGAGGCUGGACCUCUUGCAGAAUUACUACCUCCAGACCCUGACUAUCCAGUUGUUGAAGGUAUAACAUCUGAGAUAGUUGCUACUGGAAAACUCAGUAGUUUACAGAUAGAAGGGGUACUAUAUGCAUGUCAGAGACAUCAGAUGAUUUUGAAUAACGGUCAGCGAGCUGGAUUCUUUAUUGGGGAUGCUGCAGGUGUUGGUAAAGGAAGACAGAUAGCAGGUAUUAUUCUUGACAACUUCUCAAGGAAAAGAACAAAACACAUAUGGUUUACUAUUUCUUCUGAUCUAAUUGUGGAUGCUCGAAGAGACCUGACAGAUUUAGGAUGUCAUAUUAGAGUUAUAGAUGGGUGUCAAGAAUUGGACAAGGAAACAAGAGUUCUUGGUUUACCUGCCGAUUUUAAAGAAGGAGUUGUAUUUAGUACUUAUGCAACUUUAGUUUCAUCAGUACAGCGUGGAGGAGUUUUCAGUACAUCUAAACAUAGUAGAAUACAGCAGCUUGUGAACUGGUGUGGCGGGGAUAAAUUUGAUGGCUGUCUUAUUUUUGAUGAAUGUCACAAAGCAAAGAACUUUGUUCCUGGAAAAGAACAGAACAGUACUAAAGUGGCUUUAUCUGUAGCUACUAUACAGAGGUUACUUCCAAAAGCGAGAGUUGUAUACUGUAGUGCUACUGGUGUCACAGAUGUUAAAAACAUGGCAUUUAUGGAGAGACUUGGAUUGUGGGGAGAGGGAGCACCAUUUAAAACAUUUGAAGGGUUCCUGGAUACUGUACACAAGAAAGGUCUAGGUAUGGCAGAGAUGCUGGCAAUGGAGAUGAAGAUGUCAGGAAUGUAUAUCUCCAGAGGACUUAGUUAUAAGCAGGCUGAGUUUAUGACAGUAGAAGCACCACUGACCACUGAACAGAAGAAGAUGUAUGAUGUAGCUGCUAAAGUGUGGAAUGAAUUGAGAAAGGCAUUGGAGAGUGCCAGUAGAAGAUGUAAUAGUAGUAACAAUAGAUUAUGGGUACAGUAUUGGUCAGCUCAUCAGAGAUUCUUUAAACAACUUUGCAUGGGAAUGAAGGUACCAGCCAUUGUUAAAGAGGCAAAGGAAUCAUUAGAUGCAGGUUCCUGUGUUGUCAUUGGACUACAGACUACUGGAGAGGCUAGUUUAGACAGUGAACUGACAAAGAAAGGAAGUUUGAUUGGAUUUAUGUCGUUAUGUAGAGAAAUCCUCACAAGGUUUAUAAAUCAGUACUUUCCUGUCAUGAUUGAAACUAAGAUUGGAGGUGUUGAACCUAUACAGGUUGAUGAAUGGAGCAAAACAGCUAAAGGAAUGUUACUGGGAUUUGCUGAGCAAAUAAGCCUUCCAGACAGUCCUCUGGAUGAAAUAAUUGAUAAAUUAGGAGGGCCUAGCUGUGUUGCUGAGAUGACAGGAAGAAAGGGGAGAAUUGUAAGACAUAGGCCUACAGACACGCCUAAGUAUGAACAAAGAUCAGCAGAUAUUGAUGCUUAUGGAGGGGUUGAUAGUCUAAAUGUACAGGAGAGAAACCAGUUUAUGGAAGGGAAAAAGUUAGUGGCCAUUAUAUCAGAUGCUGCCAGUACAGGUAUUUCUCUUCAUGCUGACAAGAGAGUAGCAAACCAAUGUCGACGCGUGCACUUGACAGUAGAGUUACCCUGGAGUGCUGACAAGGCUGUCCAGCAACUGGGUCGAUCUCAUAGGUCAAACCAGUCAAGUGGUCCAAUAUAUAAACUGCUGACCACCGAUUUAGGAGGAGAAAGAAGAUUUGCUGCUUCUGUUGCCAGACGACUACAGUCUAUGGGUGCCUUGACAAAGGGAGAUAGAAGGGCAGCAACUGGAGCUGAUUUGGGAGAAUUUAAUUAUGACACACCAUAUGGUAGAAAUUCAUUGAGAAUAAUGUAUCAGCAUAUAUGUUCUAAAAAGCUAGUUCCUGGAAUUGAUUUACAUGAGAUUACAGAAAAGUAUAAUUUUGAACAGUUUCUACCUCUAGUACAGGAAAGUUUAGUACUGAUGGGCUUAGCUGAUAUAGAAAAUAUAAAACUAGGUGUAGCUUUAAAAGAUUCAGAUGCUGGAGAUGUGUCAAAGUUCCUCAAUAGAAUACUGGGAUUAUCUGUGGAAAAACAAAAUCUAAUGUUCAAUUAUUUCACAGAGGUUUUAAAACUUACAAUACAGAAUGCAAGAAAAGAGGGAAGGUACAAUGAAGGUAUGUUAGACAUCACAGCUUCAUCAGUAGAGAUGAUUGGAGAACCAAAAGAAAUAUUCAGUGAACUAAACAAAAGUCAUACAAAAACCAGAUUGAUAGAAUUGAACAUAGAUCGUGGAAUGAGUUGGGAUAUGGCGGUGACAAGGUUAGAAAAUCACACAGGUCCACAUGAUGGUUUCUACAUAUCCAAGAGGGACAUGUGGGGCAGGAAACUAUGUAUUUUGGCAACACGGAAGGAAACCUCAUCUCAUCUUUUUAGAAUAUCAAGGCCUAACACUGGACUAUCUAUGUUUGAGGAAGAAAAAGCAGAGUUAAUGCACAAGUAUGUCCCACUUGCAAAAGACAAAGCAGAGAAAUUAUGGAAAGAAUUAUAUAGCCAGUCAAAGGAACAGUGUAUACAUGGUAAAUCUUGUAAACACAGCAAAACAUGUAGAGUGGGAAGUAGAUGUUACAGAAUGCACCUACUAUGUGGAAGUAUUGUGUCACACAUGACAUUAUUGGAAGCCACUCUAAAUAAAUUUGCUGUAAAACUUAAUCUCAGUAAAUCUGAAGCCACAAUACGGGUUGUUAGAGUAAAACUGAAUAAUGGUGAAAGAGUGGUAGGGGUCCGCUAUCCAGAAGUUUUAGUCAGACAGGUUGAGAAAGUUUUAACAGAACAGAACAGGAUACAAGCUCAUAUGAUAGCACAGGACGACCAAUUGAAACUCAGCCACUUCUUUUCAAGUCAAAGUUCUCCAGUAAGGUCGAGUUCACAGCAAUCUGGUCUGGAUAAAACUCCAAGUUCACAACCAGACAUAACUUCAAGUCCAAGUGUAGCUACUGACAUUAGAAUAAAAACUGAACCUGGAUUAGAUGUAGCACAGUCGCCAUCAACAAAACAGAAACUAUCUGACAGAAUUUCUCUCAGAUUCAUCACAGAACCUAUUACCCCUGUAUGUUUAAAGUCACAGCGUAAGGCAUUCCGUCCUCCAGUUACAAUAAGGAGUUUUUUCAAACCAUCCGUAACUACAUCUUUAGGUGGAUGUAUUGAUAAUUCUAAAAAGAGUUGUUCAGAAAAAACAAACAUCUCGGAAUCUCAGGGAAAAUCAAAUGUCAUCAGGAAAAAUAUAAAUAUACUUGAAAGUCAAAAAGAUAAGUCUAAUGACCACUUAAACAAAAUGCCAAAGGAAAAAUACUGUGUUCUUGUUUGUACUAGCAGUGGAAAAGGUGAAGUGAGAAACCAUCACAUGUCUCAAGAUUUACCAGAGAUUUACAAUAGAGUGAAGGAAUCUAAAUUUGAUAUAGAGGAAAGCAUAGAUGUUCAUGGAAUAAAGGAAACAGAAGAAAAGCUGGCAGAACUCUGCAAAACAGAAGAAAUAAGAGAGCAUGAUUGUCCUGAGACGGCAACGAUUCUUUCUACAGUAACCCAAGUCACUAUAUCUGUUGAUGGAUGUGAUAGCUGCAAAAAGAAGGGUUGUGAAGGAAAAGGAAUAGAUAGAAAAAUUGAAACAAAAGGAAAGAAACGUAAAUCAUCAACUCCUGUGAUGCCUACUAGUAAGCGACGUAAACAGUCUUCCAUUAUGAACAGUUUUGCAAAGUCUGCAUGUAAAAAAGAGGAAAGUAUACAGAAAGAGAAAACAUGUCCAAUUUGUCAGAAAAAGUUUGAUUCAGGAACUUCAAAUGAUGAAAUUAAUGAACACAUUGAUAACUGUUUGAUUGAAUAACAUAAUUAUUCUUAGAAAUUUGGAUAAGGGGCAGCAUAUUUUGGUAUGUUUUGAAAAGUUUGUCUUCUUUAUUGUUUCGGUAAAGGAAUGACCUCUUAAAGGGGUUUCAUACAAUAUUACUGUUUAGUUAAAUCAUGAAUAGUUUUUUUUAGGGCAUGAAAAUGAAAAUAAUGAUAACCAGGGCAAAUAUCAGUGCAGUAUACUAGUUAUGGAGAAAAAGAAUAGUGUAUCAUAAGUCCUUUUUUGUAUAGUGCUUAGAGAAGGUUAGUUUGUCAAAACGAUACAAACCAAAUCAAAUCAAGCAAAAAAAAUGUUAUUGUUGUUUCAAGGAAAUAAAUAGGUGGAAAAGUUAUUACUUUACAUAAGAAUUCUCAUUCCAUCUGUCCAAACAUGCAAAACAGUCAAUUUUGUAUUUUUACUUACCCUACCUUUUAUAUGUUUAGUGCUUAAGGAAACAUGGUGCUAUUUUAUAAGUAUUUUUUUUAACAAUGCUGUAUAUUAUAAUAUUACCUUUUUAUUCUGUAUAAAUGUUUUUUUUUAAAUCUUCCUGUAUGCUAGUUAUUGUGGAUAAUAUCAAAAUUCUGUGUUGCAAGUUACUGUGGUAUUUAUGGCUUCUAUAUGGCUUCAUUUUCUAACAAGGAUAUUUUUACUACAUGGCCAGUUGAACUUAACAAUAUAACAAUACUUAAUCCAUAUAAACUUGUAUCCAUAUGGAUAAUAAAACUUUCUCUGUAACUUAAAUACUAAAAAGUAGAAAACAGCUUUAAUCGUUAUCAGAUAACAUAUUAUUAUAAUCUCUUUGGAAUGUGUAUGAAAUUGAAAGUAAUUUGAAAAAGCUUUUUGAAUCUUUUUGGGUAGGGUGGACUGCUUAAAUCUAGAGCAAGCCCUGAAUUAGGUGAAACAAAAAUGUUAUGCCACACUAAUUAUAUAACUGUUAAAACAUUACCAUAUAUUUAUGUAGGAGUUGUUGAAUAUAGCGUGUUUUAGCCUUUUUUCUGUACGAAUAAGGAUGUUGAAAAGUAGUGAUAUUAAAUAAAGGUUUGUGUAAAGACUAUAUAUUUACCCUGUCACCCAGUUUGUUAUCAUGAAGAAAACUUUAAUUGUUUUGAAAAAAAAAUGCCUGCAUGUUUUUUCAUUCACAUUUCAGUAAGUCAUAAAUCAUUAAGAUUUAUUUGUAAUUGAUGUAACCCCAUUUUUAAAAAAUUACUUCAUGGUUACACUAUUAACGUGAAGCUGCAUUAAAUUUUAUCUGCUGAAUUAAUUUUUGGAAUAGUAUUCACCUUUACAUUAUAUCUGUUCAUUUGCACAAAAAAUCUGUCUACAAGAGAUAAUGUACAAUUUUAUAGAUUUUAAAACAAAUAAAUUUUUUUUUUUUA